AUGAAAUACAAAAUACUAUAUGAGAAGCCUUGUACAUGGAAAUACAAAGCUUCAAAAUACACAACAGCAUAUUGUUGUAGCGUUACCCUUUCUAUAUUCACAUUAUUGUUCACACUAUUCGUUGCAUUCACGGCACAAGGUUUUUGGAAAAAAUUCAGCGAAUAUCGAGAGCAAGCAGCAGUUUAUUACAAACAACGAUUUAUCAUAUUACUGAAAGGAAAAGCACCAAAUAAUUACUACGUGUGGAGUUCAUAUCCACUGCUUAACCAUGCUGAAGAAACACAUAUACGGAUAGCAGUAAUCGAAGAGUAUGAAAGUGAUUUUAAUGAUGAUGGAAAACCUGAUUUGAUUGAAUUAAAUGUCACAUUUCCUAUUGAAAGAAAAGAUGAAGUUUUUGGAGUUUUUUACAUGUUUUUAUUUGAUUAUCAACUUGAUGAAAGGUCACGCUUUUCGAUGGAAACUGCAGUUCUUGAUGAUUUGGAUCAUGCAACUGAAUCGUCAUCAUUAACAGUUUCUGGUGAUCUUUGGUUAGAUCAAGCGGCUCCACUUUGGAGUAGUGGCCGAGACCCAGAUCAUGGAGGAGCAUUGAUCAAUGAAUCAAGUUUAGAUUUAGCACAGUAUAAUCCUACCACAAUUCUCUUACGUAAUUCUUUUCGAAAUUUCACAACAACUUUGAGAAGAAAAUCAAUUGCAUGGAUGCCUAAGCGAGCUGACAACAAUAACUUCGUACUACAUCUAUCGAUACGGAUUGUUGAACAACAACUGCUUUAUCGAACAGGUCUUCUGGAACUCUUGAAAUGGGCAUGGAUUCAGUAUUUUGCAUGUUUCAUUAUCAUUCAUUAUUUCAUUAAUAAAUUACGACAAUUUUUGUUUGAAAAUCAUCUCCUCAGUACGAUCAUUGUGCGACCAAAUCAUUUGAAUGAAUUGCAAAGGUAA